AUGGCAGGCGCAAUGCUCGUUCUCCUAGCCGCCUGUAGGAUUCCUCCCCUCAAGAGCCUCAUCGGGCCCGAGAUCCUCCAAGCGGGAAGCCACUUGAGGGAGUUGUUGGAUGCCGAGAGGUUCAUCAAACAGGUCUAUACGGGUGGUAAGGGUGAGGGUGAAGGGGAAGGCCGCAUCGAGGAGUGA